GCUUCUCUCUGGGCUCCACAGUACAGUCUCACACCAAAGGAAUUUGGAUGUGGUGUGUGCCUCAUCCUAAAAAGCCGGAACACACCCUAGUUCUGCUGGAUACUGAAGGCCUGGGUGAUGUAGAGAAGGGUGACAACCAGAAUGACUCCUGGAUCUUUGCUCUGGCAGUCCUCCUGAGCAGCACCUUAGUGUAUAACAGCAUGGGAACCAUCAACCAGCAGGCCAUGGACCAACUGCACUAUGUGACAGAGCUGACAAAUCGAAUCAGAGCAAAAUCCUCACCUGAGAAUGAUGUUGAGGACUCAGCCGACUUUGUAAGCUUCUUCCCAGACUUUGUGUGGACUCUGAGAGAUUUUUCCCUGGAACUGGAAGCAAAUGGACAACCCAUCACACCAGACGAGUACCUAGACAAUUCACUCAAGCUAAAGCAAGGUACUGGUGAAAAACAUAAAACUUUUAAUCUGCCCCGACUCUGUAUCCGGAAAUUCUUCCCAAAGAAGAAAUGCUUCAUCUUUGAUCGACCCACUCACCGAAAGAAGCUGGCCCAGCUUGAGAUGCUGCAUGAUGAUCAGCUGGACCCUGAAUUUGUGCAACAAGUUGACGUCUUCUGUUCCUACAUCUUCAGCUAUGCCAAGGUUAAAACUCUUUCAGGAGGCAUCAAGAUCAAUGGACCUCGUUUUGAGAACCUGGUACUGACCUACGUUAAUGCCAUCGACAGUGGGGAUCUGCCCUGCAUGGAGAACGCAGUGCUGGCCUUAGCCCAGAUAGAGAACUCGGCUGCAGUGCAGAAGGCCAUUACCCACUAUGACCAGCAGAUGGGCCAGAGGGUGCAGCUGCCCACAGAAACCCUCCAGGAGCUGCUGGACCUGCACAGGACCAGUGAGAAAGAGGCCAUUGAAAUCUUCAUCAAGAGUUCCUUCAAAGACGUAGAUCAUUUAUUUCAAAGGGAAUUAGCGGCCCAGCUAGAAAGAAAGCGGGAUGACUUCUGUAAACAGAACAUGCAAACAUCAUCAGAUCGUUGCUUGGCUUUAAUUCAGAAUAUUUUCAGUCCAUUAGAAGAAGAAGUGAAACAGGGGGUUUAUUCUAAACCAGGGGGCUAUCGUCUCUUAAUUCAGAAGGUACAAGACCUGAAGAAAAAAUACUUCCAGGAACCCAGGAAGGGGAUACAGGCUGAAGAGAUCCUACAGAAACACUUGAAGUCCAUGGAGCCUGUGAUUGAUACAAUUCUACAGACAGAUCAGACUCUCACAGAAAAGGAAAAAGAUAUUGAAGUGGAACGUGUGAAAGCUGAAUCUGCACAGGCUGCAGCAAAAAGGUUGGAAGAAAUGCAAAUAAAGAACCAGCAGAUGCUGGAACAGAAAGAGAAGAGUUAUCAAGAACACGUGAAACAAUUGACUGAGAAGAUGGAGAAAGAUAGAGCCCAGAUGUUGGAAGAGCAAGAGAGGACGCUUGCUUUUAAACUUCAGGAACAGGCCCGACUCCUACAAGAAGGAUUCCAAAAUGAGAGCAAACGACUUCAUAAUGAGAUACAGAGUCUUCAGAGAAGGAUGGACAAGCCAAAGAAGACAUGUGUCAUAAGUUAAAGGCCAAAAGAAAGAGCAUAUCUGUCAUCCUUACUAGGGCAUAGCAAGUGAUUUUAGAGUUUAGAAGUGUUACUGUGCUUGAUAAUAAUUAGAUCUUGCAUCCUAACACCAAAAAUUUACAAAAGUAUGCAAUAAAAUAAUUAAAGUCAUGUUAAUCUUCCAAAAAAGAUGCUAAAUAGUGUAACAAGGAUGGAUUUUUACCUCUGUACUAAUAUAGGAGGUACAAGCUUGUACUACUCAGGAGAAGUGUAUUCGUUCAGAUGACCACCAACAGACAAAAGGACAUUGAGAAAAGUCUUAGGUCAGAAGUCUUGGGACAUAUUUUGGCAUUGGUUUGGCCAAGUAUGCAAUGGUCCUAAUGUCAUAGAAAAUAAUACUAGCUUCUUAGUGAAGACAAAGACAGCUCUCCCCUUUCUUUAGGACUGCACAGUCUAUGAUCAUUAAUAUGAUUUCUGGGCACUGGAUAAUGAACAUCAUAUUGAAUAUUUUGAGUUUCAUAUUAACUGUUCAGUUACAUUCUUGUACUGAACAGAAUUAGGAUAGAACCUCCUCUCUCUGCCCCCACAGUAUUUCAUAAUUGUCCCUUCUUUGUGAACCUAGAGAACUAGGUACUGAUUUUUAUUCCUGACAUCGCUCUAGGGAACCCAUCUGGUAAGAAGCAUUCAGCACUAAAGACCAAUAGGAAUGCCAAAAAUACAUUGCACAUGAUGAAAAUUUAGACAGCAACAGGGCAACCCCCAUAGAAAUUCUACGGGAGCAGAGAAUCUAUAUACUAUAUAACCUGUGAAA